AUGAAUCUCUUUAAGGAGAUCCUGCCUAGAGUAAGGAAGAUUCUUUCAACUGCUACAGCUUCUGAUGACCACGCAUUGCUUAACCUCAUGCUGAAAGAAGAUGUGAUAUCCAAGGAGUACCAUCAAGCCUUGCUCCACGAAAAAGACAGAGAGGACCUCGCAAGGAAGAUAUCUCUGACAUUUGUGGAAAAAUGGGACCUGUACUUGAACACUUUGGUUCCCCUCUGUUGUUUAAACCUCUAUGGCAGUAAGCCUCAAAAUAUGACAGAUAAUGAGCCAACAGGAAGCAAGUACGUUUCUGACAGCAAGAGACAAAUCAUGGAUUCAGCAUUUGUGUCUGAAAAUGGCUAUCUUGAUUUGCUGCACAGUGAUAUUGAUCCAUUGCAUCUGUAUACUCUCCUUGAUCCUAAGUCAUCUGGAAAUGAAGAAGGUGACUUCCCUGCAGAUCCUGAAGCUGAUGCCAGCAACUAUGAUCAGUUCAGUAAUACAGAUUUCCUGUGUACGAUGGAAAAUGGUGAAAAUGGGGAUGAAUUGUAUCUCUGUUCCAACACCAUAGAAGCUUAUGCUAGAAUAGCUGAAUUAGCAGAAUAUGUGCUCAAAGAGCCACAGGAGAAGCAGGUGGAAGACACUUUUGCAGGGAACCUUAUUUUGGAUGAAAUGGCUGCUGAAAACACUGAGAAAUUUAUUGACAUAAAGAUGCAGAAAUGUCACAAACGAACCUUCUCAGGCUCUGCAGAGAGCUUCUCUGAUGCUUCAGAACCCAAAUACAAGAAAAUUGUGGAAGUCCCUGCAGUGCCUGCAGGGAAUGGCAGUUUCUUAGCUAUGCCUCUCAACACCCAUCCAGCUAGCUCCACCUCACUAACUAACCAGCACAUGUCCCUUUCUGUUCCUGCUACCAAUCCGUUGGAAAGAAGUUUUGUAAUUCCUGGAUUUUCAGCGCCUUUGAUUCCAGAGUGUCUACCUGUUGGUGUGAAAGGAAGCCAAGAGAAUACAGGCUUUGCAGGUCCUCCUCAGCAGAUACUUAACUUUGUUCUUGGAAAUGGCACAUCUCAUGUUGUAAUAUAUCCAGUGCUGACUUCUUCCACAGAAACACUGAUAUCCCCAAGUUUUCCAGUUAGUUUAUGUGGUUUAGAAAUGUUCAAAGAAGUCCGAGUUCCCGUAAUUCCUUCUGAAGAACCUUUCAAAAGACCAAAGCCAGUGGAAGCUUUCUGUACAUCACUUAUGGAUUAUUUCCAAGAUGUGUGCAAAUCUGUGGCCAUGGAGCGUGAAGUAACUCUUGAUGACCUGUUUAUUGAUGGGACACUUGUUCAAAACCAAACUGAAACCAAGACUGGGAAGAACAGCGUAAAAGCAAUGGAAAAGGAGCUGGUAACUUGCAGUCUGCAAGGGAAGGAAAAGGCAGCCCUUAAAAGAAGCCAAAUAUUUCAAAUCCCAGGAAGUAAAGGCUUAGAGACUAAAGUGAUUGUGGUGCUAGGAAAAGCAGGAAUGGGCAAAAGCAUUCUUGUUCAGAAGAUCUGCCAGGACUGGUCCAAUGGAGAGUUUUCUCAAUUUGAAUUUGUAUUUUGGUUUGACUGCAAACAAAUAAGCUUGCCUGAGAAGCGAUACAGCCUGAAGGAUCUGCUUCUUGAAUUUUUUGUAAAACCUCAAGAGGGAAGCAAAGAGAUCUUUGAGUAUAUAUUGCAAAAUCCUGCUAAAGUCCUUCUGGUUUUUGAUGGUUUUGAAGGGUUGUGCGAUCAUGAGAAUUUCCCUCGUUGCUCAGCCAGCCAGCCUGAAAAAGACUUGUGCAGUGUAAAGGAGCUGCUUUCAGGACUCAUCCAAAAAAAGAUACUCAAUGGUUGUACUUUAUUACUUACAGCAAGACCAAAAGACAAGGUGUACCAGUAUGUGUCCAAAGUGGAUAAGACUAUUGAAAUAGUAGGAUUUUCCACUCAGCAGAGAGAAGUAUACAUAACCAAAUACUUCAAAGGAUUGCCCUACUGUGAUAAUGCACUGAAAUUAAUCAAAGAGUGUGAGUACUUGUUCAGUCAUUGUUACAGCCCUGUUAUGUGUAGAUUUGUUUGUUUUCUCUGUGAGACAGUACUUGAAAUGGGAGACAAAAGCCUUCCUUCAACUCUUACUACAGUCUUCCUGAAAUUUGUGCAGCAAAAGAUAAUACCUAUGCAAACAGAUGUUACAGCCAUGCAAAAUCAAGAGAGUCUUGCUACGCUAGCCCGUAUAGCCUGGUAUCUUGGAGAAAAGCACCAAAGUGCCAUGAAAAGUGAUCUUCCUUCUAAGGAAGUUAAAGAGUUUGCUCUUAAAUAUGGAUUUUUCCUGCCAUUUGCGUUCCCCAGACAUUCAGAUAGUGAAGAAGAGGAAUUUGGGAGUACGUUCUCUGAUUUCGUCAUUCAGAAUUUCUUGGGUGCACUUCACCUGAUGUUAGCAGAAGAGAUCAAGGAUAAAAGUCUAACAAAGUACCUGUCUUUUCCAUCCAAGAAGAAAAAACCUUAUAACUGGUUAGAUUUACUGCCUCGAUUUUUGGCUGGAUUAUUGUUCCUCCAGGAUGACCCCUACUUCUGCUCCCUUUCAAAUAAGGAUGUAAAACAAUCAACCAGGAAGCAGAAUAUACUCUUGAAAUGUAUUAGAAGACUGCAGAUAAAUGAGCUCUGUCCGGAGAGGUUACUCGAGCUUUUACAUUGUAUUUAUGAAACACAAAGCGAUUAUCUUUUGCAGCAUGUGGCCUUAAGGCUCAAGCCAGACCUGUCUUUUCUGGACAUAGUUCUUACACCACCUGAUGUCCAUGUCCUGCACUCUAUUUUGAAAAGGUCAAGAAAAGAGUUUUCCUUGGAUUUGCGAAACAGCAGCAUUGACAUGCAAGGACUAAAAGACUUGGUUGGCCUAAAUAAUGUGGCAUCGUUCAGGGCCUCCCUCAGUGAUACAGUCAGGCUCUGGAAAUCUUUAGAACAAACAAAAGACUACGAACUGCUGAGAGCAUCAACAGAGAAAUUUGUUCUUGAUCCCUUUAAGGCAAAGACAAUGAAGGACGUCAGUGACCUUUCAGACCUUGUAGAGAUGCAAGAGAAGAUGAUCAAUUGUGUGCAAGAUGCAUCUGGUUGCAGCAGCUAUGAAAUUCCUGCCAUCAAAAUUCCUGCCAUCAAAAACCUCAGAAAACUAGAAUUUGCGCUGGGUCCAGUACAUGGCCUACAGGGAUUCCUAAAACUCGUGGAAAUUCUUGCAGCAUUUCCAUCACUUCAGCAUUUAGACCUUGAUGCUCUGAGUGAAAAUGGCAUAGGAGAUGAAGGAGCAAAGAGCCUAUCUGAAGUCUUUCCAACCCUGACAUCACUGGAAACAUUAAACUUAUCACAGAAUAAGAUAACAGAUGUGGGUGCGGAGAAACUAGCUACAGCUCUUCCUUUCUUGUCUUCGUUAAAGACACUGAGCUUAUACAAUAAUAGCAUUUGUGAUUUUGGAGCAGAAAAUCUUGCGAAAGUUCUUCCUGCGAUGACAUCUUUAAGAGUGCUAGAGGUUCAGUAUAACAAAAUAACUGGUGUUGGAGCCCAGCAGCUGACUGACAGCCUACGAAAAUGUCCCCAUAUAAAGAACUUGGUGAUGUGGAAUCCCACCAUUCCCUAUGGAGUUCUUGAACACCUUCAGCAGCUGGACUCUAGGAUCAGUGUGUAG